UUGAACGAUCACCAUGAAGAACAGGAGGAGCCAAUCUCUGCUCCGGUCUGGCUUAGGCCGUUGACGGCUGAGCACGGUGGUCUCUCCUUUCCAUUCCACCACCUCGUGCCCAUGUCAUCUUCUUGUUGAUCGCUUCAAUUCAACACCGCCCCUAUUUUAUCGUUAUUAAUCAAAUUAAUUACUUAUAUAAUUCAUCUUCUGCUGCUGCUUUCCCCUCCCAUUAACACCCACGACCUGUUCUCGCAAAACGAAAGAAGCCUUCCCCUACUGCCAAACUCGCCAGGGAGAUCAACCAAGAGCUCCCCCGUUCGGAGUUCUUGAUGCCAAGAUCGUAGCGCUGGGGUCACUCAGCCGGCGGCGGGGAGAUGUCUCGGGGCGGGAGCUACGGGGAGGUGGGGCAGAGGAUCGACUACGUGUUCAAGGUGGUGCUCAUCGGCGACUCCGCCGUGGGUAAGUCGCAGCUGCUGGCGCGGUUCGCCCGCAACGAGUUCAGCCUCGACUCCAAGGCCACCAUCGGCGUCGAGUUCCAGACGCGCACCCUCCAGAUUGACGCGCGCACCGUCAAGGCACAGAUCUGGGACACUGCCGGACAGGAAAGGUACCGAGCAGUAACAAGUGCCUACUACAGAGGUGCUGUUGGAGCUAUGUUAGUAUAUGACAUCACCAAGCGCCAGUCCUUUGAUCAUGUGGCAAGGUGGCUUGAGGAACUACGAGGCCAUGCAGAUAAGAACAUCGUUAUCAUGCUUAUUGGGAACAAAUCUGAUCUAGGCACACUUCGUGUUGUCCCAACAGAAGAUGCGAAGGAGUUUGCUGAGCGUGAAAACCUUUUUUUCAUGGAGACCUCUGCUCUUGAGGCCACCAAUGUUGAAAAUGCGUUCAUGUCUGUCCUGACGGAGAUUUACCGGAUUGUCAGCAAGAAAAAUCUUGUUGCCAAUGAGGAAUCUGAUUCUAGUGGAAACUCAAGUUUACUGAAAGGAACAAAGAUUGUUGUCCCUGGUCAGGAGGCAGCCCCUCCAGCCAAGGCGUCAUGUUGUAUGUCCUCCUAAGCAUAAUAUUUGUACCAUGUUUCUAGAUGUUGGAGUUUCUAUUUACUCCUGCCAUAUCUACACACUGAAUAGCUGGAUUCUUGGGAGUGAAGAUGUGAAGGUCUACAUGAACAGUUAACUCAUAUACAUAUGUAAUUUUCUUGAUAUCUCUUUUUGGUAUCUGAUCAUGUGGUAUUCUACAGUCACUAAGAAUUUUUCCUUUUAUAUAUAGUUAGUUCUACCUUUUCAAAUUGCCCUGCACAAACAUAUAUACAGUUGAUACACUGUACUUGCUCUCGUACUACAGGGAGCUAGUAUCAACUUUUAUUCUCAGCUGUUGAUUGUCAAGUUGUAUCAAGAGCAGCGCCAACUGCUUAAAUUGUUGUACCAAAAAUGACAUUUCAGAAGCUCUCUGGAAAUUUAAUUUUUGAUUGCUUGAUGUCUGUA